AUGAACUACGUUGGACUAAAUAUCGGAAAGAGGCUGCUCAGCUCCAUCACCAAGUUCGAUACCAAGAAGUUCGUUCAGUCGCUCCAGACGAAAGGCAAGUUUACCGAGGAGCAAGCCGAGGCAGCGGUGAAUAUCGUGAACAAGGCGGUAAACGAUGGUAUUUCGUCGAUAGCGAAGAACUUGGUGACCAAGGAGACCUUGAAUUCGAUUGCGUACCAGCAAAAAGUUGAUUUUGCCAAGUUGAAGGGUGAGCUACAGACCAUGGAUAAGUCUGAGUUCACUAACCUUAAGAAGGAACAAGAACAGUUGCGUACGAACUUGACGAAUUUACAAAACAGACUUAAGGAGGAGAUUACAAAGAACUCGGCUGGCGUCAGGCUUGAUUUGAACUUGGAAAAGGGUAGAAUCAGAGAAGAGAGUUCUCUCCACGAGCUGAAGAUCGAGGAUACAUACACGAGGAUUGACGAGGAGAUUGCCAACAUGCAAAUGCAGAUUAAGUCUGUGAAAACUCAGGUCAUGCAGUGGUUGAUCGGUGUCAGUUCCGGUACCGCUGCUUUGAUGUUGGCGUUUGUGCGUUUCUUCGGUUAA